GUAUCUCUCCUCUCCCACCGAGUGUCUUCGCUGAAACUUUAUCUAGUCAUAUUUACUCGAGAUAGAAUGGGUUCUGAGCUUUCGGAUGUAUGAAAGAGAUUACGUAGAGUUUAUAGAGUGGAAAAGAUUCUUAUAUAUUACCAGUGUGUGAAUGUAUACCAGUGAAUAAUAUGCUUUAAGAUGCUGGAGUGAUGGGAAAGAGCCCAACAGUGGAUGUGGUGGCCGUUGCAGUCAGUGGUGUAGUGUGGCCUUGUGGUGAUGACAGUGUGGGACCUACAGUGUGCCUCGGGAACAAUACAUCCUGUCGGGAUAUUUUUGCUGAUCCUGCUGAAGGACAUCGAGGCACACGGUCCAGUGUUGAAGAGCGUCCUGCGGCAGUACGAACGCAUUGCCGCAGCCGCAGCCGCACCGCCACCACAACCAGCAGCAACAGAUAGCGACCCUUCCACAGCCACCAAGGACCUUCCAUCCACCUCUUCCUCCACCUCCACUUCCGCCUCCACCUCCAGAGCAACAUCAGGACGCCGCAGCGGAAAGGACAUCCCCAGGAAAGCUCGCUCCCUCGAGAAGCGCUGGCACCAGAUCUACCUUCGCUCCCUCGAGUGGCACUACUAUCUGGAAGGCGUCAUCGCCAACUUUAAGGAACAGAACAGUUCCUCGAGCAGCGAGUCCGAGGAUGAGCCAGUGAGCAAGUGCCGCCGCCUGUCCACCUCGUCGUGUGACUCCCCCUGCUCCUCCCCCUGCCCAUCCCCCUGCCCCGACGCCCGCCCUCGCCGCGCCCACCGCUGCCACGCCCAUCGCUGGUCACACUACGAGUCCAACCUGUCAGAGACAGGUUCAUAUAUCGAGGCCUCCCCGACCUCCUCAUGCUGCCCACACGCACAUGAGACCAAGGAUGACUAUGUGUGCAUAAGCGGGGGUAGUGAGUGCGGUGUGGCCCCCCCGCCCACCCCCUCUACACAGCCCCCUCUGGAGCCAAUGGUAGUCGACCCCCUUCAGCAGCCCGCUGCCACACCUGCCGCCGCCCCGCAAGACUCCGAGGCCGCGGCCGCCCCCGCUGCCUCCCCCCAGCCCGAGGCGCCUGCCAUGGUGGGAAGCGCCGGUCUGGACACAGUUCGCGCCCGCUGCUGUCCCCUCACGCCCUCCGACGACCUCGCCGGCGACGACGCCAUGAUCCACCAGUCCGACAAGUCCCCAACCAUCACCGUCACCACCACAACCACCACGUCCACCACAGACAUGACUGACGGCGAGAUGGAGAACUUGAACCAAGUGAACGGCAACACCGUGGUGUCGCCCGCCAGCACCGAGGACUCGGGGGUCAACCUGACCUCGUCUUACACGGAGGACACAGCCGCCAUAGACGUCAGCGCCAGCGUCAGGGACUCGCCCUCGAAGUCGAGCUGCACCAACAUCGAGCGGCCGUCGCCCAACUGCGCCAUCUACGACUUCAAGCACCAGGACACCGACACCGAGGAGGCCGCCGCAAACACCGCAACCAGCACUGACACUGCCGCCUGUCAGGCCAACCUCAAUCUGGUGGAGUGCGACCCUGCCAGGAACCGAAUCUACCAGGUGCGCAGACGGGGCGUCAGAAGCGUCGUCAGGACCUCGGCGCGCACACGACUCGAGUUCAGCUGCGACGAGGAGGUGGACCACGAGGCGCUGCAGAAGAUCAUCGACUCUGCCAUCCUGGACCCCGACUGGCUCAACUCCAACAUGCCCAGCGACUCGGAGGCGAGCGCCACGGAAGACGAGGCGCCCCUGCAGGAGCACAUGGACACCGGGAGCGACGGCGGCACCCCAGGCCACCCUCACCCCCAGCAGGAGGACCAGGUCGCCGCCCAGAACCAGCCCCUCCACCAGGAGGCCCAGAGGACCAUCAGCAAGGAGUCGAUCACCCGGCUGGUGAGCGAUGCCGAACGGCUGGUUCGCGAACCGCCUGAGGGCGACCAGCCAGCGCCCCUGGUGUCUCCCCGGCCGCACCAGCUGCCGCUCAACAUGGGCCCCUGCAAGGGCGCGAUGGGCAGCAAGCAGGCCCGCGUGAGGCAGUGGCUGGCGUCGCAGCGCCGCGAGGCCCGCCUCUCCACCACCUGCGUCAUGGACUCCUGCGACGCCUCGGGCGAGCUGACCACGGGCGAGAGCGACAUCGAGUCGUGCACGUCCGAGGACAUGGACGCGUCCACCGCCACCCAGCACGCCGUCUCGACGCGGGGCUCCGUGCGGGGCUCGCAGAAGGGCUCCCUCAGGGGGUCCCGGGACCCGCUGCCGUCCACGGACAACACGCCCACCGCGGAGAAGGCCGCCGCCGCGCCGAGCCCAAGCGACGCUGCCCACCCCAAGGUGGUUCUUCGUUCUCGCAAGCGUCGUUCCGGCGAGCAGCGGCCGUGCAGCGUGAGCGAGCUGUACCAGCUGGCCACCCGUCUGGACCUGGCGCCGUUCUCCGUGUCCGAGACCGCCCUUCACAACCUGCUCACUGCCACGCCCGAAACGCCCACCAACGACAACCAGGCCUUUGGAGCAGAGACCCCAGACGCGGCUGGCAGUAACACAUCCCCUACAGAUGUUUCCACGCCAACCACAACCGGGCCUCCGGCCACUCCCGCAACUAACACCACAAACACAACCAUCACAUCAACAACACACCCAAACAUUUCCGCGUCUGCCACCAUCACCACUUCCACAACAUCAACUACGGCAGACCGACAGUCUCCUGCAACUAAUGCCACCGGAUCUUUGAGGAGGAGAAAGACCAGAGCCCGCAGGAAGUCAAACCUGUCCUUGGGGCGACGAACCGAUUCCGGAUCAGACGGCUUGGCUCUCAACCUGUCUGGAGGCUCUGACAACAACCAAGUGUCUCCUAACCGCCGCCUAUCCAAGUCACACUCCUCGGGUUCGGACACCACUUCGCACUGCAGGAGGCACAUCGUCAAGAGUUCCUCCUUCUCUGGCGCGUGCCGUGGGGGCUCGGGCGGCAUGACGUCGUCCACCGAGAAGUGUGUCUCAGACUGCGGGGGCGUGUUGGGCGUGCCUCGCCUGCACACACGCGCCCUCGCCGUCGACGACUGCUGCUCCAGCGACGAGUCCCGCCCAUCCAGCCCACCGCCGGCUUUACUGGAGGCCAUCGUGCCAAGGAGCCCCGCCCACACCGCCCGCAGCGCCACCCAGAGCGACCAGGACGCCCUCAACACCCACGAGGACAUGAGCUCCCUCUCGGAGCAGGCUUGGGAUCCUUACCAGCAGGAAUACAAGUACUUCAGUGAGCCUUACUCGGAGGACAUCGACCAGGAGGCUGCCAGGCGCUUGCUUGAGUUCGGAGACGACUACAGGAAGUACAUCGAUUCCGACGGGGCAUCCUCCUUCUCGGGCAUCCCGCACAGGGGUCGCCGUUCCCCUCACCACCGCCGGCUGAGAUCAUUGAUCCCGCAGGGUGCUCGUGACCUGGAUUCUGACUCCGACCUGGAUGACCUCCAUCAUGUCAUCGACGAGUCAAGAUCCCAGCUGACCGUCACAGAGAACGUCCUCAAGAAAUACUCCAACGAGGCUGCUCUGGGACUUGAUUAUGCCGAACUCGUGGCCACAACGCAGACCAACAUCAAGUGCCUGGCCGAGAUCGUGCGACACCUUCAGAUGGAGGGAACCCUGGAGCCCGAGCUGCAGGAAGUGCAAAGCUGGGGGUCUGCCUCGGAGGAGUCCCCCGUGCCCCAGGAUCUCAGCUCGUCCCCGCCCCUGCCAGGAGCUCGAGGGGCGAGGAAGGUCCCUAAGGUCACUAAGCUUCUCAGGGAAACUCAAGGUAUUGUGCAAAGAUGGGAGGUGCUACAGGCCCAAGCCGUGGAGCGGCAGCGGCAGAGCGGGCAGGUGCGAGAAUUGCAGCGCCAGGUGAAGUCCCUGCGCGUCGUGCUGGAGUCGCUGAUCGAGAGGGCCAGCGACACCACGCAGGUGAAGGACCUCGAGACCCACCAUCAGCUUAGCGACAAACUGCAGGAGCUCAAGGACCUCCAGCAGGAAGUGAUGACGAGGAAGGGUGAGGUGUCGAGCGUCAACCUUGCGGUUCACAGGUUCAUGACGGAGACCGGCUACUCCCUGGCGCACCUCAAGGACGAGGUGGCGGACCUCUACCGGCUGUGGGACGAGGCGCACAAACGAGCCAGCAGCGAGCUCUCGCGGCUGGAAGGAGUGGAAGCCACGUGGAGACUGUGGGAGACACAGGCGGAGGAGCUGCGUCGCGCCCUCCGCAAGGACUGCGACACCCUCAAGGUCCUGGACGCCGCCAUACAGACGGGCUCCCUCACCGACACCGCCACCGCUUCCAUGCAGGACGUCGAGAGACUCCUAAACGACCGCCGCAAGUCCCAGCCCGGGAAGAGACUCACCCUCCAGCACACCAGGACGCAGGGCGUGGACAUCCAGGGCUCGACGACGUCUCUGGGAGCCUCCGGGGACGAGUGCCUGAGUGACUCCGGCACCUCCGGGUACGAGUCGUGUUCCUCCGAGGAGCUGAGCGAGCGCGAGCGGCGCCUGGCUCACCUGAGGAGGCUCGCCAGGGACCUGGAGGCGUCCUUGCACCCCAACUCGCAGGCGUGGCUGGCCAUCACGAAGACCUUGUCCAGCGCAGAGUCGGAGCUGAAAGACCUGCAGAAGCACUGCCGGGAACUGGUGGUGCGCUCGGCCGAGAGCCUCGACCAAGCCAAGACGUCCCCGCAGCUAAGGAGACGCAGCUGGACCAAGGACACGAAGGGCAGUCGGACAGGCCGCCUAGAGCGCCGAGGUCACUGUGCCUUGAGUGGGCGUGAUGGAUGUGGGCGUAGUGUGAGUAGUGGGCGCCGUGGGUGGAUGUGGAGAGUGGUGCGAGCGGCGCUGCCGUUCCAGGCCGCCCUCCUCCUGCUGUUCUGCGUGGCAUGCCUGCUGGAACCCAACUGCUGCGACCACGUGAACACCCUCAACCUGUCCCUGAGCCCGCAGCUGCGCUACGUGCACGGCCCCCCGCCCGUGUGAAGGACUCAGCCGCCCCUGUACAUGUGUUGUCUCUUACCUGUCCUGUAUGUCAGGUGUACAUAACCCCCGCCACAAUGUACAUACCAUGGCCUGGUGUACAUAUGAAGGCAUAGUGCAGAUGCCUCGGUCGGUCGACCCUCAUACCCGCCGCGUGUUUGCCCGCGUGGGACCCGUGUGCGUCGGCGCACGCGCGUCCGCGGCGGGCCGAGCGAGAGAGAGGGCCGGGGUAUGAGCGAGGCAGGUGUAGAUGGCUGUGACCCUGCAUGCCCUGGGGCCCUGCAAGCCCUGCGGGCUCUGACGGGACCCUGCUCGGGACGUGACGCAAGCCCCCGCUCGCGCCGCCCGCCCACGAGGGAGCGGCUGCGCCCCAACCCUCACUCACACACGCCCACAAGCCCGUCACUACGUCAUGUCAAAUAUUUUUGUAUACACUUAAUAUAUAUACUGGUAAUGUGUGUGGAUGGAAGAUAAGUAAUGUCUUGGAACGAGAGUUGUGGGUGCAAGGUCGUGCGUGACGCUACAUGUUUAGGUAGGGUGAUAUGUUGUGUGUUUGAGAUAUAGAUACAUCUAUAUAUAUAUGUAUGUGUACCCAGGAAUACUGGGUUGUAAUUCUAAUUAAAGCAGUGUGAAUAUUUUAAACUAGGCCCUGUAAAGAUAUUUUAGAAAAGGUUGAAAAUAUAUAUAUAAUGAUUUAGGGUGAUUGAAAAUGUAUACUGAAAAUUCUUCGAAUGGUGUUUGCUAUUUAGGUCUGACCACAACCCCCAGGGUUUGGUUACUAAGGCGGUCGGCCCUUCACGGUCGGCCGCCCUCGGGAGGUGCAUGCCAGAGCGCUGGCAUGAACUCGGGUCGUGCCAUGUUGGUGCCACCUCCCUCAGUACUAUGACAAGCCAGGUUGCCAGGGAUUGCGGGAACCAAUACGGAUUCGUCUGCGACCUAUAGGUAGCCGAGGUUCCUUCGGGAGAAGGCUAGAAGCGCCUCGCCAGGAGACACGGAGGCGCGGGCAUUGCAUGGAGGCCGCCAGGCGACCCUUGGGGUCAGUGCCGCGGACAGUGCCUUGCUUGAGCCUGACACCACGCCCUGUGCUGGAGGCGCCGCCGACUCCCACUUCUUUUACUAUCAUGAUCCCAGUAAGGUCUGCUAAAGGCAUGAAGGGACCCAGCGGCUCGCCCAGUCCCCAAGAUGCCUUACAGACGACCGGAAAGGAUCUCGACACUUUUUAGCGAACAAUCGCUUCUAAGACCCUUCAUCUGGACAUUCAUCUAAUAGUCCAGGAAUGGACCGUGACCCUAAACGUUGCAGCAUCUGUCCUGUGCGAGAACUUGACGCCUGCCCGUAGCAAAGUCUAAAAACCUUGGUCAGCAGAAAGCUCUUGGAGGGCACACACACGCCCCGCCACUUUAGACUUACCGUUGAGGCAUGCAGAUGUCCCAAGACUCGAGGUGCAGGCACAGCACGGACACACCCUUUAUUAGGGCUCUUUGUCCUUAGACAUGCUAUUGCCCCAGUCUUUCGGUGUCAUCAUCAUAAGGCCCAGCGUUUGGAGCACGUAUCCAGGGUACAAGGAUCGUUCUGCCAGGGCAGGCAGAGCUAAGUAGGUAUAGGGAAUGGAAAUCCAUACCCUUACCAGUGUGGGUAAAGGCUGACACCACCAUUUUAGGGUCCGGCAUUAAACACCAUGUAUAUCAGCCUUGAUAAAAAGUAAAUAAGGUAAGGCAUGUAACACCCUAGUGUAGGCUCGACUCUUCAGCUCCUGCUCUAACAACAACAAUAGGUGGGGCGGGAUUCUUGGUGGUCGCGGCGCAGAAAGUGCAGGCGCGUCGCCACAGAUUGGACGGACGAGCAAUAAUUCGACAGCGGCGGCGCGACCACUUGCGAGACUCCCGCCUCGCGCCUCAACAUCGUAGCCUUAAGGUCACUGCCUCAGCAGAGUUACAGGGGAAUGGACGUGAACAACAACAAAAUGAUUAUUGAGUAGGCUUGUUACUGACCCUUAAUGAAAAUUGAUGAUCUGAACACUCAGAUGUGUGUGAGCUGCCAUCGUCCCCUUUUCUCGACCAGCAAUUGUAGUUUUGAUGAGGAAGAUAAGUAUUAAGAAGGAUGAACAUUGCGUGUUCGACACGCAGAGAAUUUAAAGGAUUUUAGGUAUUUUUAUAUAGGGUUUGAGACAUGGCCCUCCACGCGGGUGGACGGCCAUGUCGACAGGGUUCAUUCUGCGGCGAACAUUACCACGCCUUAUUCACACUGCAUUUUAUUCUAUUCAAACAUAUCCCUUUAUUUAACAGGAUGGGAGAUUUGUUUUAUUUUCUUAUGGUGCUAAUUAAGAAAAUUAAUCUAUUCUAUUCAUUUUACAGUGUAUGAUUACAAUUUACGUAGUAAUGUAUGCCAAAGGCUUUUUCUAUACUGUAUUCAGUGGUUUGCGUUGUUUUUUGUACGUGUAUGAUGAUUUUUACUACAAAAAGGGUUAAACUUUAUAUUUAUUUUAUAUGAAAAAAUCGUAAGAGUUGUUUGAUUGAAUGGUUCAAAAAUAUCUGGAUGGAUUAGAGUUUUCCUAUUUGUUUACUAAAGGACGGAGGACUGGGUGGGUUGUAGUACCUUAGUAGUUUAAGGCGCAGGAGAAAGAAGCUGCUGCCUCUGUUCAGUCGACAAAUUCUCUCCCAGCCACAGUCAUUGUUCCUAAAAUGUUGAAUGUGCGCUUUUUACGCUAUAGGAAUUAGGGUGUCCACCUCGGAAUUGGCAGGAGUGGAGGGAGUGGAGGACCCCCCUUCUGGGCGCGAUUGCAAGUCUGCAGACAUGUUAACUCCGCCUUGCAAGAAGUGGGGGUGCGACCGCCUCCCGCCGUCCUGCCCAGAGAUUGAUUGCCUUCAGGGUUGCCAAACGAAGCCAGACUUUGCCAGUCAUUUCCCUCCCAUUUGCGUGAUCCCAUUAGCCUUUUCCUAUCAGUUUUGCAGGUGCAGCAACCUGUGUUUUACCGCUGAUUCCAUUGAAUAGAAAAUUGUACUUAAGGAACAGUUUCCCCUUAUCCUAGUGCACUUUAGUAAGUAUUGCUUUUUAUGAGAUCUCUUGGAAUGAAUGGGCGCAUGAACAGGGAGGUAGAUGUUGCGGGAAAAAGACGGAGAGACAUGGCUGCGCGAAGUCCGACUCGAUGCUAGAAGAAAUAGGCUUGUUAUCCGGGUGGCUCGCCGAACCUCCCCGUUGCCGCUUGCUGCCUGCAGGCUUUCUUGGACCAUCUUUGUGUUGCGCGUUUAGUAUGAGAAGGGGCCGACCUGUCGUGACGGUUGUAACAUUAGCCAGGGGAGGACGCUCUGGAAGGGCUCGGGCUCGUGGCGAAAUCCCUGCUCGCGGCUGUUCGUGUGUCUUCGUAAGCAGAAAUUAAUCCUCCCUUUCCCAUUUACCCCUCUCCGUACCCACCGCCUCUCCCAUUGCCCAAUCACCCCUUUCCUUCGGCUUGGUUGUGCAAAUUCUUUGGGUUUAGUUCCUCGCUUCGCGCAAGAGUAUUUCAAGAGCCUCGGUCUCUCGGCCGGGGAAGGAGAGUACUUUUGCGUGGUUGCGGUUUUUGAAACGAAAAAAAUAAAUAAAAUAUUAAUCUUAUUUUAGUCACUUUAACAACACUAACUGUCUCUCUUCAUUUGUGAAAGUGCUUUUACCUGUAGUUCCUGAACCUUAGAUCAAAACAAAUGGAUCCCAAAGUUUAGGAAAAAAAUAACAAAACAUCCAAAACAGAAAUUAUGUGUAUGCUUUAAUUUCUCUUCAAUAUUUAGUUGCCCUCCUCCCUAUAUACCCCCCCCCCCCACCUCCAAUAAGCGAGGCCACCCCCUAGCCCGUCCACGAAGUCUCUCUCAACGGUUUACAGUACAAAAAACCACAAUAUGUUUUAUAAGUGCCUUAGUGUCGUUGUCUCUUAGCUUCGUAGUAACGACAGGUACGCGCCCCGACGGCCACCCGCGGGAGUGGGAACUCGAACCUUGUAUCCGGGGGCCAUAAAGCUCAAAAGCGACUGAGUUCCCUUUGGGCGCCGAGGCAGAGGCGAGAGGCCUCACUCCCGUGCUAGAGGAUAAUAAUGCUUUGUUCAGUGCUCACCUUAAUGGCUUCUUGCUUUGAUAUGUUUUGAGUGUGUCAUCCAGCCUUGAAAUAUGUCGGUUAUGUUUUUCUUCUCAUUCUUAUUAUUUGUAUUCUGUGAAUAUUUACUGAUUAACACUAAACACCAGAUUCUUUCUCCUGUAUUUUCAAGAAAUAAAAUAAAAAAAUAUAAAUAAAAAAAGGAA